AUUGACUUGACCCGUCCGACGAUCGACCGGCCGGGAACACCAAUCAACCAACCUUUUACGGCUUACAUCCCCACGUCUUGUACUCCAUUUCAGAUAGACAGUACUGACCACCUAUCGCGAGACGACACACCUGGAAGCCUCAGUUUCGUCGUCCGAUUGCAGCGGCCUGUACCACACAAAUCCUGUUCUAAACAGUACAAGGACAGCCUUUUUCUGACCUUCAUCCUCAAGGAUUGGUCAUGAUGCUGGACCCUGAAGGUUCUCAUUCCCAAAGCUACCCAGACGCCGAUGGAUAUUUCGGCCAGUUUGGCGGUAAUUAUUAUCCGCCUGAGGUUCGGCCGGCGCUCAAAGAAUUAGAUAGGACUUAUCAGGAGCUGCGUCAGUCGCCAGAUUUCCAGCAGGCUCUCGACAAGGCACGGAUUGGACUUCAAGGGCGGCCAACCCCAGUCCACUAUCUUGAGAAUAUCUCGAAGCAAGUCGGAGGCGCUCAGAUCUUCGUCAAACGGGAAGAUUUGAACCACACAGGCGCGCACAAAAUCAACCAUUGUGUUGGUUUCGCACUUCUUGCAAAGAAAAUGGGCAAGACAAAGCUGAUUGCUGAGACCGGAGCCGGUCAGCAUGGCGUUGCGCUAGCAACUGCAGCUGCCUAUUUUGGUCUUGAAUGCGAAGUUCAUAUGGGCGAUGUUGAUGUUGGAAAGCAGAGUUCAAACGUUGGUCGCAUGCAGCUACUCGGUGCACGUGUGGUACCAGCAACCGCUGGCCAAUCUGCCCUGAAGGAAGCUAGCGACUCCGCAUUUAAUGCAUAUGUCAAACAGCAUGCACACGCGCUGUAUGCAAUUGGAUCGGCUAUCGGGCCACAUCCUUUCCCCCUGAUUGUUCGAGAUUUCCAAGCUGUAGUUGGUCGAGAAGCCCGCGAGCAAUUUCUCUCCGUCACGAAUGGCAGCUUACCUGAGCAUGUGGUUGCCUGUGUGGCAGGGGGUUCGAAUGCGAUGGGUUUGUAUUCCGGCUUCAUUGAUGAUGCGGAGGUUGCCCUGCAUGCAGUAGAACCGCUCGGUAAAUCAGAUCAACUUGGCCAACACGCAGCGACACUAUCAUACGGUAGGCCGGGGGUGUUGCAUGGUGCCCGGUCAGUUGUGCUACAGGAAGAUGACGGUACGCCUGCCAGAGUCUCAUCCGUGGCAUCUGGACUUGUCUACCCCGGCAUCGGGCCAGAGAUUGCGCUGCUGCAUGAAACUGGCCGGCUUUCCGUCGCAAAAAUUUCUGACGAAGAAGUCAUCAGUACCUUUUUCCGCAUGGCGAAAUUCGAGGGAAUCAUCCCUGCAUUAGAAAGUGCGCACGCUUUGGCGUUUGCAAUCAAAUUGGCAUCACAACGCCCUUCGUCCGAACGGAUACUGGUUAAUCUUUCGGGUCGCGGUGACAAAGAUGUCGACUACGUGCUUGAAAACUAUGGGACUGGUUAAAUAAUUGCUAGGGUAAGGAUGUCAUGAAUGGAUGACGACUAUCGCAACUCGAAGCUUGAAGCUCAAAACUUAAUUUCAAAAUGGUGUUGUCUAAAAUGAAUGCCUAAGAUUUUGAUAAAGAAAGGAUAGCAUAAAAUUAGUUAGUUAGCCAACUAGCGCGAAC